UACAAUGGCGGAUGAUUCAGACGAAAGUGUAUUAUUUGAAAAUUCUCCCCUCCAUGAUUUUCUAAAAUCCAUAGGACAUGAAGAUGAUGCAGUUGAAGCUUUGCAAAAACGAUCUCCAGAUGCCAUAGAUUCCAUGAAUCAAACUGAGAGGGAAGAUAAAGCUUGGAUACAGUUUGGAGGAAUCUGCAUGAAGUCCUUUCAUCUAGUUCUGUCGCUUUUACCUUUCAAGUCAAAUUAUAUUAACAAGUUGAACAUAUAUCACCAACAAAAAAUCUAUCAAAAACUGGUUACCUCCAAUGUUCUGCUUGAAAUGGAUGCAGAUUUCCUGUGUGAAUUGGACAAAACAGAUUUUCUGCCCUGUAAAUCUGUUUCAAAUAUAUCAUGGAUAAAUGCUGGACUGUCAUCCGUUUUACUUCCUUGCCUGCUAGCCUACCUUGUGGCCCGGUGCAUGCAGAAUGAAGCUGUACAUUCGAUAUCUCACCCCGUUCUGGAUAUCUUGACGCUUGUUACCACAGUGGUUGCAAUCACAUCACUAGCCAAAGAUGCUCGUAUCUGCAUGUGGCAGAAAUACUGGGAUGGGUUGGCUCAGUCUUAUGAACAUUUUGUGCUGACCAGUGAGCAGCUAUCCAUAGUUGUCAAGAAGUCACUUCAACUUGUACAAGAGAGGGAACUGAUUGCCAGAGGAUUUUCUUUAGUUCCUCCUGGGUGUGCAGCUUCUCAGCUGGUACAGAAAGUGUCCUCCACAUCACUGAGGCAGUGUCCAGAGCUGAGGAAACAGAUCUUCUUAAGUGUCCGUGCUUGUAUGCUCACCUGCAGGAAGGCAACAUUGCACAUAAUUAGUAUAUACCCACUGGCACCAGUCAUUGACUCUUGCUCCAAUUAUGCAGCCACUAUUAGUCUUGAGGACUAUGGGCCAUGUGUUCAGAUGAGCAGCAGUGAGGACAUCCAGACACUAAGUCAGCUUACAGAUGGUUUUUCUGUAAGUGCAUUAAAGGCAAUGAACCAGCUUUUUUCCCUUCACCUGUCACAAUUUGUAAGAAGACUAGCCCAAUGUUUUUCCUUAGCAAGCACAGACAAAGAUCCUUUUGUAACAUUAAAUUCAGUACAAAAACUUUGUGAUUCUCUGUUGUUGGAGAAACAAAAGUUGCAGCAAUCAUUGGACUUCCAUCAAUGUGGCUAUCCACCAAGGAUAGAUAGGAAUAAAACAUCUAGAAACACAAUGUUUAGCAAAGUAGAACAUUUUCAUUCUUCUGUUCACAACCUUGAAUUACGUUUGCAAUCUGCAUUAAUGAGAGUGCAACAGUUGUCUUCCCAACUUGAAUCAGUUAUGAAAGAUGACAACACAAAGUCUGUCACAGAAUCAGUGGAUGAUGACAUGCUACUGCAAAACAAAUGGCUGCCGUUAAUGAUUUAUGUCAAAUCUGAACUCCAGGCAUGUCAAGAAUGUUGGGAAGAUGGAAUGAACAAAAUCAAAAAGCCAAAACCCGUUCCAAAGUUGGAUCAUAUAUCAAAGAACAGGGACCAGGAUGUACCAGCUGUACUGUUUUCCGAGACUGACGAAUACGUCAUUGAGGACCAGGUGUUUGAGGCAUACUCUGAUCCUGGUGAGACUUUGUCUACAGGCUGGGACUGGGAUCUGGACUUCUCUGACAAACAGAAAGAAAAGAGAAAAAAAGAAAAAGAGGAUGCUUUGAGAUUAAUGACUGAAUUACGAUGUGUGAUUUCUGUACGAGCUGAAGAAAUGAAGAGACGUGAACAGAUAGCACUUGCCAAAGUGCAGGGUGUGUCUCAUAUUUGUGAUCUGGAAAUGAAUAGCAGAUCAAAGAAAGCUGAUGCCACUCAGCAAGAUGGCUCUGAUAGUUUAUCUUUGAUGGACACAAUCUUACAACUUGGUGAAGUACAAAGGAAUUUAAGAAUUGAAUACACUGAACAUACAGCAGCUGAGACAGAUAUUUGUAAUACCCAUGAUUCAAUGAGGACUUGUUCAGAUUUGUCCUUCGAAAAAGAGAUGGGUGUACAACUUGGUUCAAAUCAACAGGACAGUAAAUCCACAGCAUCUGAAGGAACUGAACAAAGUGAUGGAUCAUCUAUUGAGGUUAUUUCCAACUGGAGCAGUGAUGAUGCUCCAAAUAGAGAAAGAGAUAAUUUGGGAGUCACGUUUGAAGAAUCAUUGAUUGACCUUCAACUGCAGGGAGAGUUUGGAGGUGCUUGUGAAGAUGUAUGUGACACACUAAAUGUAUCGGACUCUAGUGAGAGUGAAGAGAGCUUCUCCAAGAGGCCAACCCAUUUUGAGAUUCACCCAGAUUUAAGUAAAACUGGUUCUGUGGAAAUCUUUGAAUCGGUGACAAAAUUUCAAUGUGAGGAUGAAUGUGGUGGGGAGGAGGUUUCUUGUUUGUCUGGUUCAAGCAUUGCUUUCACAGCCAGGGUGGCUGCUAUGGUAGCUAUUCAGUCCCAAAGUUUGAAUUUGAAUAUUGAAACAUUUGGAGAUAGUGAUAGUGAUGAUUGUGAUUGUAAUAGGAAGAAACAUGAUGAAGAUCAUGAUGCCAAUACUGAAGGUAUAGCAGAACUUUUCACUAGUAGUGAAACUAAAUACAUUUAAAACUUGAUACUUGGUCCAGUUUAUUUCUCAUUAAAACAUGUUUAUUUGUUUGGUUAGCAAUUACAGCAAUUAGAUUAGAUGAAUUAUGUAGUUCAGUUUCAAUGAAAUCAUGUAGUACAUUCAUCAAUACUGGUAACAUAAUUGUGCAUUUCAUGAUAAAAGUAUGGAAUUUGAUAUAUAUAGUGCCACUGGGUUAUUUAUUACAAAAAUAAUAUUAGUCGCUAGAUAUUCCCAAAUGGUCACAAUUUUUCAUGAUGGCCACCAUUUAUUUAUACUGCUGAUGUAACAAUCUUGCAUUUGAAGAUCCAAACAUGAAAUUUGGCAUACAUAAUGUUAGUAGGUCACUUGUUACAAAGAUAAUACUACUUUCAAGAAAGUUCCAAAUGACCACCCAUUUUAAAGAUGGCCACCAUUUUUCAUACCUAUUUUACAUUAAAUCAAAAUGUCAAUCUAUUUUAGUGAUAUUAGUGUCAGUUUCUUAGUAUUUGCUUUGCAAAUGAAAUAGUACUAUAACAUCUACAUUUCAGUAUUGUAAUUGACAUUAAUGAAUAUAUAAUUACCAGUAAUUAGCUAAACUUCAGUUAUUUUCAUGUCUACUAAACCAGUUAUGAUAUGAUUGAUUUGAGAAAACAUAAUAAAAUAUUUGUAAUAAC